CCAACUGGCCGAAAGAUGGACAGUUCUCCACUUGAAGAACACCACACAACUUGCGACUACUGCGGGAAUCUGCAGGAAAGGUGGCUGGUGCGGGUUGUUCGCGGACUCACCUGGUUCAUUUGGUGUGUCGAUUGCAGGCCAGAAAGUGGAUCAGCUUACUUGAAGGACCUUAAUAUACCCAAAUGAUCCUUAAUGCAAAUGUUCUUCAUGAAAAUUCAGAUGUGGAAAAGUUGAAAGUUUCUCGUUUGCGGCAUGAUUUUUGGUCAUGAAUUCAAGGGAGGUCUUGCAGAGCCACCUGCCGCCAAUGCAGGUUGCCACCAUGACCAGGUUGAAGGUAGAAAGGAGGAAGGACCCGAUCCUGCUGGCAGCAGUCAAAACUGGACGAAGGUCGGUGAGAAACCGAGCAGAGCUUCUGGAAUGGUUAGCCGCAGCUGCUCAGAGCCGGAGGCUGAGUUUUGAGAAGCUGGACUUUGACAUGCCUCUAAAGGAGCAGGCACGCUUGCUGGCAGCCAGUCAGCUCUUGGUGGCUUCCAUGGGAGCCACUCUCAUGGCUGGUUUGCUCCUUUCAGCGGAUGCUGCACUUUUGGCCCUACCCGCAUGUCACAAGGUGGGUCCUGGGAGGAGCGUGACCUGCGAGACGGAGGAGCUCCUGAAGAGCUGCGGCCUUCGCUGGGCCCAGUACCCUGUGGCCUUCGACGAUGUCUUCUACACCAUUGGAAGGGGCUUCGAUUUCACAGCACGCCGUGAGAUCGUAAAUGAGUUGAUCAAGGAGCUUUUGGAGGCGUGACCUUUGAGAAAAA